AUGUUAAGUCGAAGCGCGAAAAAUUGGCGAUUUCAACAAAAAGCGAUUAAAUAUUUAGAAAAUGUCGAUAGAACUAAAGUGCCCGUUUCGAGAUAUUCUAUGGAACAGAAAAGAUUAGAAGAAGCUCAAAAUAAUCAAGAUAUUUUAAAGGAAGUGCAUACGAAACAUGAAAAUCUAAUAGAAAAUAUGAACAAGUUUACGAUUGUUUCCACUAAUCCACCCGAGCGAACUGAAGCAAGGAGGCCAGGACCUACGAGAGAAAACGAAUGGUCAACUAGAUAUGAGCAAUCAUGGGAAUUUGGAUUUUACGAGCCACCAGCUGAUAAAAUACCGAAAGGAAAAUUGACAUUUCGUGAGGCUCUCGAUCUGAUGAAAGUGCGAUCAAGCUUGGAGGAGAGGAGUAAUGAAGCAUAUACUUCAGUCGAUAUCAGCAAAGAUCAUUCGGCGAAAUAUCCAGCUAUCGAUCGAAUUGAUAAGGAGAAACUUCAACGUAUGUGGCAGUAUUUUAGAGCAUUUGAGCACAGAGAACAACAACAGAUCGUUCGAAAUUCCGAAAUAAAAGUUCUUCAGGACGCCUUUCUUGGAUAUAUACGACCGCAAAAAUUGGCGGAUGUUUUCAGUUUAGCUAAAAAAACAAUUAAACGGAAGAUAGGUCCGACAUUGGAUUCUCUUAUGCCUUCUCAGAAAAAUGAUGAAAAUAGUAAGGAUUUCUUGGAAGAGAUAAAACAAAGGCGAUUUGAGGAAAAGCAAAGGUUAAAUAAGCAAUUGGAGAAUUUGGAUGAUUUUAGCGUGGAAGCGGAGAAAUUUCCAAAAUCCAAAUCAUUGGCUGUGAAAAGCUCCAAAAAUAGUAACAAUUCCACUCAGAGUUGA